CUGAUAUGGCUACUAUAAUUACACGCAUCUUAUGUCAAUGUAUGGAUCAAGUAGGCAAACGACUAGUAUCAACAAAUAUUCAUCGACACGGUAUUCAAUAUGCAAUGAGCGAUUCAUUAAGUAACCCUUACAUUGAAUAUCCAUUUAAAAAAUUUUUCUGGAUUCUUGUAUCCAUGUGUGAUACCUUAAUCCCAUAUGAUGCUCAACGUUUAGCUAAUGAUUUUAUUAGUAAACCUGCUACACAAGAGUUAAUAAGUUCUGACAAUGAAUAUGUUCUUGGAUAUUUGUAUAAAUUAUCAGAAUUGUAUGAUACUCAAAAAAGUUAAUUUGUKGAAACAUUGAAACAAUUACUAAGCACCAAACAUAAAAGAAGAAAUAUGUCAACAUAUAUUGAAGAUGUGUAAAUAUAUCAUGCAAAAUAUUUUAAUAUAUUUUAUUAUACAUCAUGUAUUUUUAUAGAUAGUGUAGGUAAUGAUCAAACAUUUUUUUAUUCCAAAAAUUUUAGUUAUUAAAACUAACUUAAUGUAAGCUCUAAUUU